AUGGAUCGUAAUGUCAACUCGCCACGUUUACUGGCCGACCAACUACGGAGGGCUCAACACUUCUCUCAUGAGUUUGUAUCAAAACCAAUAAAUGGAAUCGAACUUCUUGGCAAAGUGGUUAUUGUACUUCAAGGAAUUGUUAACAGUGUUGAAGGUUCCGGAUCAAAAAUAUCAUAUCUGUUGAAUAGAAAUUCCACAAAUGCUAAUCGCAAGAGAAAAGCAGCAGUUGCCGAAGCGGACUGUAUUGAAAGUAUCAAACUUUUAUUGGAGAAAUCUGAAUCAUCAUGGAAGUCAUUUCUCGAAACUUCAACUGGAUUGGAUGCCAUAAUGUAUUCUAUUCAUUCGCCACAGCUGGACUCCAAAUGUUACUCAUUGGAGAUUCUCCUUCUCCUACUUGAACAACCACAGGGAUUCGUGAUUCUUCUAAGGGCAUUGACUGUUUUAGCAGCAAGAAAUCGGGAUUAUCUAAGGUUUUCCAUUUUUGUAGCACAAUUGAAACAUGGACUGCAUACAAAAAAGUUACACAUACAGAUUCUUGUUGCCCGACUUUUCAACAAGUUGAUCGCAAGUGCUCCAACGCCUGUUCACAGAGCGUUGGUCAAAUCGGAAGUUUCAUUAGCUCAGUAUAAUCCCGACUUUGUGGAGAAACUCAUUGGCUACCCGAAUUCCUCUUAUGGCGGAAUGGACACAUUGAUAGAUGAAUUGAACGCAUGGAAGUCAUUGAACCAAUACGUUGGGGGAUCUGGGAGUGUUGAACACAACCAUAUUUAUGGAACGUCGGAAGUUGAUGGAAGUAGUAUAUCUGAAAGGAGUCGAAGGCAUACCCCAAGUUCUAAGAUGGUGCCUAUCACAUCUGUGGCCAAGAAUGUUGAACGACAAAGAUUCCGGAAGCAAGGUGCCGGUUCUGGUGGACGAGCGGCGGGAAGUAACUAUUACUUUGAAGGAGGUGCUGGUCCACGCUUGACUUAUGACAGAAGAUCGCAAACACUAUCACAUGGUUCAUAUGCUGAACCAUCCUCUCCACUUCCACCAUCGAGAAUCGGAUAUGCGACUGAACGGAGAGAACCGUUUGGUGCUAUGCGAAGAGCAAAGAGUGAGAGUGCAAUGGUUUUCAGAGAAAACAGAGAAGAGUUUGAAAAUGAUUCUCCAGAGAUGGCGCCAAGAGGACUGAAGAGAUUUGGAAAUAACAGUCAGAAAGAACAAGUUCACUACCACCCGAUCCAGCAAGUCAAGACUUUAUCCAGAAGUGUGCAUGACUUGGCAAUUCGAGAUGAUGACCCAGGAACUUUACUCCGUCCGGUUUCCGCAAGACCACCGUCAUCUGCAUCUAGGACACCAUAUCGAGCGGUUUCUCCGACACCAGUGUCUCCAAUAAUCAAACAAGAUUCUGAAAUUCCAUCGAGGAGGUUAUCGAGUGCAUUGUCACCAAGGGCGAGGUUUGCAGAUCCACCAAUAGUAGAAGCACAACAUCCACAUGCUGGAUUCUCGUACUUGUUCCCACAACAACCUGUUGUCAGCUCGGUUUACAACAAGAAAAUCACUUCGCCAGAACCAAGGGAUCCAUCUUCUUCUACUCUCAACCGCCCGGUAUCUGCUCCGCUCUAUGCGACAGCUGGAAAUCAUGAAGGAACAAGCAGACCUUUGUCUCCGCUGGAAAUCCAGAACUCCAUGUCGGGAACUCAACAAGAUUUCGAUAUGCCGGUUGCCUACAGUAAUGAAAAUGGUCAAGUCGUGUAUGUCCCUAUCAACAUUGAAGGUGGUAUGGGUGCUGGUCCGAGAAGGAUGAGCAAGAAUUCUAAAUACGACUAUACACCCAAUGACUCCAGAAGCAAUAGCAGGGCGAAACUCCGGAGUCCAAGCAUUAACGGAGAAGAUGUCCGCAACGCCCUAAGCCAGUUUGACUACCUUUAUGAUUACGAAGCCGACCAAAAUCCCCAACAAAAAACUCGCGAAGCUACUUAUCAUCUAUGA